AUGGAGAUGUAUGUUGCAAUAGUGCUUGGAGCUGUAACUGCCACCAGCCAGCCAGGAGUUGUGAGAACCCCAGCCGUCCUGCCUGCUCCUUCUCCUCCUAUUCUUCAGCCAGAGUCCGGCAGCCACAACUGCACUCAGGGCCCCAGCAUAGGCAAUGGCAGCAGCAGGCUUCACCAAUCUCCCUCUUCCAUUGUAGCCAGAAGUUUCAGAGGCCCCGGCCACAGUAAGAACCCCAACACAAACAGCUGCAACUGGAAUUCCAGCACUGGCACCAUACCUGUUAGGCUACUUAUAUGCCUAACAGUGGCGGCAGUCCUUAUUCAGCUCUUGGGGUUCAUCCUGGUGCAGGAGAAGCUUCAGCCACCCACACGAUGGAUCCAUUCUGCUCAGUCCCUGGCUAAACUCUUCGUACACAUGUAUCUUCGUACACACGAUGACAAUCUAGAGCACUGGCAUAGCAAAGCCUGUAAAUGUGAUUGUCAAAGAAAUCCAAACUCAGUGUGGUCCACUGAAACAGACAAUCUAGACUGCAUGCCAGAGUGCCCCUAUCAUAAGCCUCUUGGUUUUGAAUCAGCAGCUGUCACUCCAGAUCAGAUAAGCUGUUCUAAUCCAGAGCAGUACACUGGGUGGUAUGCUUCAUGGACUGCAAACAAGGCCCGACUUAACGGACAAGGAUUUGGGUGUGCCUGGCUCUCCAAAUACCAAGAUACAAACCAGUGGCUGCAGAUUGACUUGAAGGAAAUUAAAGUUAUUUCAGGAAUAAUUACACAGGGAAGAUGUGAUGCAGAUGAAUGGAUGACAAAAUAUAGUGUACAGUACAGGACUGAUGAGAAUCUGAACUGGAUUUAUUACAAGGACCAAACAGGAAACAAUCGGAUUUUCUAUGGAAAUUCAGACAGAUCAUCAUCUGUGCAGAACCUUUUGCGUCCACCCAUUGUUUCUCGUUACAUAAGGUUGAUACCCCUUGGCUGGCAUGUGCGCAUUGCUAUCAGGAUGGAGCUGCUGGAGUGCAUGAAUAAAUGUGUUUAAACUUCAGAGUCAUCUGGGAAGAAACAGG